AUGAAUAUUUUUAGCCUGUACAGGUUGAGCAAGGUCAUAAGCAGCACAGCCCCAUCAUCGUUUGGAAGAUAUUUUCCAAAUCUAAAAUUACGCAUUCGCUGCUGUGCCAGAAGAGGGUGGCGGGUACAAAGUGCGAGCGCGCGGCGCGGUGCAAGAGCGCGCGCGGCAGGUGACCGACGGUCUGCGCGGCUGAUGUGGGCGGCGAGCGCUUGCUGCUCGCGCCAGGCAGGUCCGUCUUUACAACAAUAUGACUCAGUAUUCAUUACACAGAAUAAAAGAGACUUAACACAAGCCACAACCGAAUUGCCAGUGUAA